AAAAUUAUUAACUAGAGUGACUUGAUUGUUUUUUUUUAAUUGUUCACAUUAAAAUAUAGGUAUUGAAUAAAUUUUUCUUUUUAUAUAGAUAACUGAUAAUAUUUGUCGGCAUUCACAAUGAACCAACGAUCCGCUAUUUCAAGAGAUGGUUUUAACCAUAAAGUCGUUUCUACAUCCCAUCAUUCAAACCAGAAACCAGAAACCUAACCUAACGAGAUACUGAAACACUGGUCAGAUUAGUCGUUACUCGUAUAACCUCCGUGUCGCCAGUACUCAGCAGUUGGCACACAAGCGUUCAGCAAUUGCAGAUGGUGUAUGAGAGGAUGCAAAGUUUCCAGUAGUAAAACAGUAUUUUGGUGUUUUUAAACGCAUAAAAAUAAAUUUGGAUUAAAUUGUAACUGUAAUUUAUAUUAUGAGUCGUACUAUAUAUAUUAAAUAAUUUUUUUUAACUAAUUAUUCAUUGUUCAUGAUAGACCAACAAACCACAGUUUCAACAGAAAUAACGAAUUCGACAAAAAUCAAAGUCAAAGGCUUUGAAAUAAACUACUUUAAAAUUGGAAAUGGACCACAGAAAUUGUUGAUUUUUCCUGGAGCUUUAGGUCAAGUUACUAAUUUUGAACCACUGAUAGAAAACUUCGAUCGAAAAAAAUAUACGAUAUACAUAUGGGAUCCUCCCGGUUACGGUUUGAGUCGACCGCCGAACAGAGAUUUUUCACCGGGAUUUUUGUACCGUGACGCCGAUUGCGCCAUUGCGCUCAUGGAGGCGUUGUGCAUCGACAGGUAUUCGAUGUUGGGCUGGUGCAACGGCGGUUGCACAGCUCUGAUCGCAGCGUCCAAAGCCGCUGACCGAGUGGAAAAGCUAGUGGUGUGGAGCUGCAACGCAUACGUCACUAGCAAAGAUCUCGAAUUCUACGAGACGACGCGUGACGUCUACGCGUGGUGUGAGAAGAGGAGACUUCCUCAAUUCCAAAUGUACGGCGAGAAGUACGUGUCGGACACUUGGUCCGGGUGGAUAGAUGCCUUCCAUAAAAUACUCGACGAAGACGACGGUGACGUAUGCCGCGGAGUACUGGCCGAAAUAAACGCACCCACGCUCAUCCUGCACGGAUCAGAGGAUGACCUCGUACCGAUCGAGCACGCCGUAUACCUACACGAUAACAUCAAGGGCUCGACACUUGAAGUAUUUCCAGGUGGCAAGCAUAUCUUACAUAUUUUGUUUCCAGAAAAAUUCAAUUCGUUAGUGGAUAACUUUCUUACUAUACAGUAAUAAAUCAGUUAUUUUAUACUUAUAUAAUUUAUAUUAUUUUGAUUACAGUAAAAUAUUAUUUUAUUUUUAAUUUGAACUUAAUAAAAUAAAUAAAUAUUAAAAAAAUAUAUAAAUAUAUUGUACAGUAUUUAGAAUUUUACAUAAUAUAAAAUAGUGUUAAUCAGUGGUUCUUAACCUUUUGUAGAUCACGGACCCCCGAUGAACAAUUUCUAGAUACCGCGGAUCCCCUAACAAUUUUUUUGAAUACUUUUUUUUUACAUCUCAUGUUAACAUAACCAAAAUUAUAAUAAAUAUUCUAUAUUAUAAUUGCAUAAGUUUACAUAACAAAACAUAUUAAUUAAAAAUUAAACAUUUAUAAUAAUAUCUUGUCACGACGUUUUAAGCCUGCCGUGGACCCCGGACAUGAGUAUCGCGGACCCCCAGGGACUUUGGACCACAGGUUAAUAACCGCUGUAGUAUUUUAUAAUUAUGUAUAACAUCACUAUUAAGUUUUUAAUUUACAUAUUAUUAUUAUUAUUAAGUAUUACAUUGAUUUUAAUUUUCAAUAGUAAAAUAUAUAAAAUUUCGUAGA